AUGGCAAACAUACGUGCACUUCUAGCCGGGCCAUCACUUCUAGCAUCUCUGGGCGCACAUUACAAGACCGCAGGAGAUGGUUACUGUGGCAAUUUGUCUGACUAUGAGGAUAAUUCCUAUGGAGGGAUAAACAAGGGAAGGUUCAUGGAUGGGAACAAAAAAAAGAGAAGAUAUGGAGGUCAAGCACAGGGAAGUAGAGGCCCAUUAGAUGGUAGCGCUGGUGAACCCAUGCCGCUCCCAAAUCCAAUGGUUGGAUUUAGCUUGCCAGAUCAGUGGCCAAGACCAGUGAACAGAGAUCUACCUUCACAAGCUAUGGGUCCACCAUACUUCUACUACGAGAAUGUUGCUCUUGCUCCAAAAGGUGUCUGGACUAUCAUAUCAAGAUUCUUGUAUGAUAUUCGGCCGGAGUUUGUGGACUCGAAGUACUUCUGUGCUGCUACCAGGAAAAGAGGUUAUAUACACAAUUUGCCACUUGAGAACAGGUCACCUCUCCUCCCUAAACCUCCAAGGACAAUAUCCGCAGCAUCAGUACUCUAA